AUGAAUAACACAACACCAAAAUGGGCACCAAAACAUAGCAAUGACAUAAUCAAAUUAUUUGGAAAAACAAAGGAAAUUGAAUUUGAAUUGAAAUUUUUAGCUAAAAAGUUUUCCACAGAUAUAAAUUUAGAUCUUCUGGACUUCUAUGAAUUUUCUCAAAUAAUUGAAGAAUGCCGUAGAGCUUUAAUACUUAGUGAAACAAUACAGGAAAGUUUAAGAAAUCAAAUAGUACCAGCUACGAGUAAAAAACUGCAACGAAGUGCUUAUAAAAGUUUAUUACAAAAAAAAGCAAUUUUAAUGGUAGAAGGUUUACAAAGAAGACACUAUCAAUUAAUGUUUGUUAUAAAUAAAACUAUUAAAUAUUUACUCGAUAUAUCAACACAGUCUGAUAUUACAAUGGAAGCUGCCUUAAAUUUAAGUACCUUACUUAAUGAAACAAUUGAAACGUGUCUUCAAACAUCUAAUGGAACAAGUUCCUCUGGUUCGAAAAUAUGCAGUAAUACGUUCCCAGUUUUAUUACUCUUGCCGAAAAAAAUUGAAAUUGGUUUGAUAUUACAAAUUUUAUGUAAAAGUCGAGCUGAACACUGUAGUAUGGCUUUGAUAUCCUGUUUGUUAGAAACUUCAAAAAUUGAAUUAUUUAUGACAACAGAAGAUACUGAAUCUUGCAAUUCAAGUGUUGAAGUUUUAAAAACUUUAACAUCACAUUUAAGUAUUGCUGUUGAAAAAUAUAAGGAUCCAUUUCAUUAUCACUUAUCGCCGAAUCAAAAAAAUUUCACAAAUGCAGUUUCGAAUGAGAUAGAUCAAAACCAGGAAGCAACUACCUCUGAAAACUAUACUGAGAAACAGAAUGAAAGUAAUGAUUCGAAUAAGUGUGAACAAACUGCCAUUGAGAAUGAUCCAGCCAUUAAAUUCUUUGAUGAAAUGGCAAAAGAACUUCUUGAAAAAACUAAACGUGGAACAGACGAAGAACGAUGUGUUAUUAAAUGUGAUAUACUACAACAUUUAAUUACAGAUGAAGAGGCUUUCAUUGCUUAUGUUAUAUCAAAAUGUUGUAAAACAUGCCCGUUAGCUAUUGAUGAGUUAUCUAGAACUAAUCUUGACUACCGGAAAUGGAUAAGUCGCGGAGUCAGAAGUCUCUGGACUCAAAUUGGUUCAACUUUAGACCAUAUUGUAUUAUGGUGGAGCAAUGCAGCGUUAGCCUGCAGACCAGCAGAAUGUACAAAACAACUUCGUGACUGGCUUUUACUGUUACAACCACAAGAUGCACCUGAGCCCGUGCUUUCUACUCUAAAGGGUCUUGGAGAAACUUUAACAACACAUGUUACAAAUACCAUAUGGGACCAACAGUUUCGACUAGCAUUGGUAGCAUCGUCACUAACAAACGACGUGGAAUUUGAGAAAUUUGCUAAUUUCAAAGUGUACACACCUGGAACAAUUUCAGGAAACUUAUGGUGUGAAGUAUUAAAUUCAUUAACAUCUUUAUGUAAUAGUUGUGAUAGUAACGGUACAAUCCCAAAUCAACUUCCAAUCGUUGAACAAAUACCAAUUUUACAUAGAUUGGAUCAUACCGUUCACAGUGUUAGGAUAUGGGUGUUGGGCAGAGCGAAAUUUUUAUGUUCUGAAUGGAAUAUGACAAUGUUUUUUCUUUUACAUGGUGAUGUAAAAAAUUGCUUAGAUAAUUUGCAAGAACUUCGAGUACCACAAUUAGCUGCCGCUGAUUUACUAGAAGUUUUGAUACAAGUUUGUGUAGCAUUAAGAUGGAAAUUAGUAUCUGAAAUAAAAGUAAAUAUACAAAAAUUAAAAGAAGCAGCAGGUGCAUGUGUUGAAAUAUUAUCUCAUGUAUGCAAGACAUAUUCUUUAGCUACACUAACAUUAUGUUUCCCAUCAACACGUCAUUGGCAAACUGAAGUAUUACAAAGCGAAUGCGAUGAAUAUGUUACUUAUUUUUUAAAUAAAGUUUUUUUACCCAUUUGCAAAGCUUGUAAGGAUCUUGAAAUACUCCAGUUAACUUUAAAAUUAAUAUGCGAAGCCUGGCUAGACCAUAUUUAUAGGAAAAGAAUACGCUUUUCUACGUGUGGCGCUGUAAAUUUACUAAAGGAUUUUGAUGGUGUAUCCGAAUGGAUUAUAACAUGUCCAUCUAUUUUAAAUGAACAUGUUGACCGAUUAAGCCGACAUGAAGUGCUCAAAAUGUGUGAAGGUGUUGGUAAAAUAUUAUUGAGAAAACCAGAAGAAAUAAUGUCAAUCUUGCCUUCACCUAAAUUUAGAAAACAAGAUGAUGAUAAUGCAGAUGAAAAUACGCAAUUACCUCCCGAAAUGUUUGUACCAAAUCAAAAAAGGUGGUUAGAAUUAAGAGUACGUAAUAAUAGAAAAUUCAAAUGCUUUUGCCUAUGCAGUGGUAUUUCUGUAGAAAACUAG